AAGGAUUUAGAGGACCAAAAUUGCAAUUUUUGCCGAAUUCUCUUCUCUUUCAAGUUUAUGAAGACAAAACCCAAAAGACUGCAACCGGACUCACCAACUCAUUUGUCCAUUGGUCACUGGAGAAAAGGGGAGCAAGGGAGGAAGAACAAAUGGGGAUUAUUAGCAUCCAAAUACUGUUGCUUAACCUCUUAUUCUUCAUUCCUUCGCAUUGUUAUGCUUCUCAAAAUCCAAUUGAAACCCACAAUUCCAAUAACGAUGUUACAGAGAUUUCCAAAGGGGAGUUGAUUGAAGUGCAGAAUGGACCAGAGGACGUGGUUUGGGUGGUGCAAUUCUCUGAUCUUCACUUCAGCGUUCACCAUCCCGAAAGAGCCCAGGAUUUUAAAUCAAUUGCUGGGCUUACCCUUUCCAUGAUUAACCCUUCUCUAGUCCUUAUUACUGGUGAUCUCACUGAUGGGAAAAGCAAAGACUUACUAACGAUGAAGCAAGACAGAGAAGAGUGGAUCGAAUACCAGGAAGUCAUGGAAGAUGUUGUUAAGAGAAGUGGGCUUAACAAGAGCAUCUUUUAUGAUCUUAGAGGAAACCACGAUAAUUUUGGUGUACCAUCCUCUGGUAGCUCUUCAGAUUUCUUCUCUAUUCACAGCUUAAAUGGGCAAUUGAGGAGGAGAGGACUAGUUAACUCUAUUGUUAUUCAGGUAGCAUUUCUGUUCUUUUCUCUAUAAUUUGGCUUGCUGUAGCUUCUAUGGAAUCUUUUCUUUUGGGUCAUUUGGGUCAUUUUUCUAGCAGGUUAUGGCUUGUAUGUACAGCUCCUGAUGCUCCGAAUUCUUGGAAAAAAUGUGAUUGGAGACAUCUUAUUUUAUAGUAGUCUUAUCACCCUUUUAGAGUGUUGCUAAGUUGUGAAGUGCAAGAAAGUUCAAAAGAAACCCUUAAUUUCAUAUGGAGGAUGCUUAUUUUGAAGAUUUGGAAGAACUUUUAAAAAAUGGAAUUAAUACACGAAUGCAGUAAUGGUUUUUUUUAUUAAUUAGUAUAACCAUAUGACCCCCAAGAAAUGUAAUUCCGUAUAGUAUUACUGUUGAAUAUAGUACCAGAUUUCAAAAACUGCAAUUCCAUAUAGUAUCACCGCUGAAUAUAGUAUCACGGCUGAAUAUGUUCCCCAAGAUAUGCAAUUCCAUAUAGGAUCACAAUUCAAAAAAAAAAGUGAUUUAUCCCUUUCCUCUACUUUUCUUUUCAAUGUUUUGCUAAAUAUAUGCUCAAAGGUAUUCAACAACAAAUAUGGACUAGUACCAUGGGCACUUUGAUGGCAAAGGAGGCGAAAAGGUGUUCCAUGUUAUUGUCAAGCGGAAUACAAAGUUUUGCUGUAGCUAGUCUUAAUGUUGGGUUGAUUAUUCGUUGUUAGGUAUAACAUGCCUGCAAUAUGCUACUAGGUAUGCCUUUCAUUGCAUGAUCAUAACUUCCACUAUGUUUCCAUGAUCCAGACUGGUAAAAGAAAGCUUCUUUUUGUUGGGUUUGACAGCACGUCAUAUCCAGGAUUGCGAGGCCCAACCAAUUUAUUUGGCCAUCCAACUGAUCAGUUGCUUAGCCAACUAAGUUCUGCACUCUCAGAGUGGGAUUCUGAAUCUGCAGAACCAAUAAAAAAAAUUGCCUUUGGCCAUUUCCCACUUUCUUUUUCGGCAGCCUCACCAUCUGGAACGACUUUGGAGGAUGUAUUUAUAGAGCACGGCUUGUCAGCUUACCUAUGUGGCCAUUUGCAUACAAGAUUCGGCAAGAAUUUAAAGCGUCAUCAUCAAUCUGGCCAUCGCCAGUCGUAUUUCAAUAAUUUGAUCCAGUUUGAUGCGAAUAGGCCUUCUAACUUAAAAGGUUGUUCAAAUCAAGUUGAAAGUGAGCAGCAAUUCUGGGAAAUGGAAAUGGGAGAUUGGAGAAAGAGUAGAUCCAUGCGCAUUUUGGCCAUUGAUAGAGGCCAUAUUUCGUUUACUGAUAUUGACUUUAAGUUGGGGGCAAAUAAGCCUAUUAUAUUACCGACAUUUCCCUUAGAUUCGCGCUUUACAGAAACAUCAUAUCACAUGCACAAAUGUAAGUCGAUGAACCCUUUGUUUUAUGAGACUAUCCGAGCUUUGGUCUUUUCUGCAUCCCCAGUCAUGUCUGUUGUUGCUGGAAUUUAUGACUCAAGAUCUGGAAAUCUUGUUUUGGUCUGGGAAUCAUCUCUAGAAAAGGUUGAGAGUACCUCCUCUAGGGGAGAUUUAUAUUCUGCUCCCUGGAAUUAUGUAGUAUUUGAAGAUACUUCUCCUGAAAGAUAUUGGCUACAAAUAGAGGCAACUGACAGCAUAGGAAGAUCAACUUUGAGUGAACUGCGACCAUUCUCGGUUAAUGGUCUUCCUGCAAAACUUUCCUGGAGAUGGAAAGAGUUUGUAGUAAUGGGUUGUCAAUGGUCUGCCCUGUACUAUCCAAUAUUCUGGUCCUUGUAUUUUGUUUUUUUCUUGAUUGUUCUUGCUCCGAAAGUUCUACUUUCUUUUUCUGUGAAGAGGUACACUUUUAAGCAUUAUAGUUCAAGAAAAGGAAUCAAAAACUUUUUAGCUUGGACUUUUACGGAGCUAUAUAACGUUCCAUUUGCAUGGGGCUGCUUGGUCUGCUACUUGUUUUAUCUCAUAUUGGCCCCUUGGUUUUUCGGCAGAGUUUUUACUGAUGACACCAUAUGGGGAUACAUGACAUACAGAGGCUGGGUCUUGGGACCCAAUGAGCUGGGAAAAUUGGAUUUCCUUGGAUUUCCAGAUGUGAUGGUGGUUGUAAUUCCCCAUCUAGUUCUUGUAAUCUUGCCUGCAUCUUUGGCCAUUAUGGCAUUUGCUGCUGAAAGGGGACUGCGUCGUGAUUAUCUUCUUUCGAUCACAGGGAAGAAAGAAGAUGAUAAUCAAUCUGAAAGCCACGCCAUGAAUAGUAGAUUAAAGUUCCUUCUUCUGAAACGGUGGAUUAGAAAAGUACUCCUGGUGAUCACUUUGGCUAUCUGGUGGAAACAUUUUAAGAACUGUAGAGCUCUUGUCAAAGCAUAUGAGAUGAAUCCGUUUAUUCAUUUCCCCAUUUAUAGCCUCACUAUUCCUCUGCUGAUGGCUUAUACUGUGUACAUUACUGGAAGGACUUGAGUAGCAGCAUCGAGAAGUAAGCCUUUGUGUUAACAAUGUAGUUUUGCAGCAACUGCUAAUGUACAUGAUUCUGACAUCAAAGGUACAGCUUUGCUCAGGGCUUUUGUUUCGGAUGGCAGAUUGGUGGCAUGUAGUCAUGUAAACUACUUGAAAAAAGGAAGUCCCUUUCAUCAUGGUCGUCAGUUACUACGCCUUUUAGUACCUGGUGAUUUCCCACUGGAAGGUGCAGGAUUCCAAAUGUCAACGGCUCGUGAUUUACUUGUGGUCCUCCCCAUAUGAAAGAAAUGUGGUUGCUCCGAAGAGAGUUGGACAAGGGCGUAAUGAAUACAUCAAGAAUGUUAUUAUUCAGUGGUGAAUGAUCUCAGAAGAUUCACAAUCAGAUAGUAUCAAAGAGGCUUCGUGAGUUUACAUUUAUGGCUUUUGCUGUGAGCAAAGACUAAUAUAUACACACUGAUAUUAUCAUAACCGAAAAAUAGGUGUAGAUGAACAGAGAAAACUGUAAUUAUUCUUCACUACAACUGAAUAUGAUUGGCCUGAGAUCUUUUAAGAUAUGUGUUGAAUUUUAUCCCGCUGUUUUUUUUUUUUUUUUUUUUUGU